AAAUAUAAUUCGGAACGUUAAGUAAAUCUGCGGUACUCAACAAAAUUGACUUGAACUUCGUAGGACUAUUCCAGUGUUCUUUUAUGUGUUUGGCUGAAUUCGUGUUAACGGUACGUUCCCGUGUCGAAAUGUUUUAGUCUAGUACCAUUAAGGGGCUCCUAUUUUUAUUAUCUACUCUGGAAUCCGAUUCAGAAUUACCUACGAUCAUGCAAAUUGCCGUGCUCGAGUAGUUCAAUCAGAAAGCAGCGUAAUUCGGAAGAACAGAGUUAAGUAUUUAUUGAAAUAGGAACGGCUGCGGAUUGAUGCAACAGUUUGUUAAGGGGAAACUAAAAGUCAGGAAGGCCUAGGAAGGCUCUUUGAGGAAGGUGCUUUUCGUCAAAAUCAAUUUAAAAGCAACAUAAGCGCGUGUGUAUAUCGCUAUCCGCAAUCGCGAGAGCAGCCUCGUGGCGCCGCCUGACGUUUAGUUACUGGAGUCAGACCAGCGCUAAAGUAGGCCUUGGUGGAUUGGUGGAGACUCGUGGAGGAUGACCGGUUGUUCUGAGUAGUGUGCGCGAGUGAGUGCGCGAGUCGUCCGUGGUAAGGGUGCGAGUGCGAGACACGACUAAUCGUAUCGUCUGCUGGGCAAGGCAGAAGGCAGAUAGGCCCAGAGCUGGCCAGAGGAGGGCCGUUUUUCUGAUACAUUCUGUGAGGGCUUCUGCACCCUGAGUUAUUCAACCAGGUCAGGAUGUGUUGUCGGCGUUCUGCCCAAGGGAAACUCACGGGCUUACGUCGGCUGCUUAAUUCCCGUUGACAUUCCCGCUACGCUACGGACGACCUCGCCGAAAGCAGUAGUCGUUGUCAUCGUUCUGCUCCUGGUAUUCCGAGUCGUCGCUGUUGUCGUCGUUGUUAUCGUCAUCGCUACAACGCGGCCAAUGUGCACUGGGUUAUUGUUGCCACGCUAGACGCGGUCUUGUCCAACCUGGACGAAGGAUAUUUGACAUCUGUCCUCAUCGUCCUGCACGUCGCUGGAACGUUUUGAGGAAUCUUCGAUCCCAGGAUUGCGGAUACUUUACAUUCAAGGAACACGCACUGGAAUUAGGAAUCAUGUCGGGUUCCAAGUGCUUGGCUAAUGCUGUUCAGACCAAGCCUGUUGAGGUUUCACAGCAACUCCAGGAUGGCGAGAAAUUCGUAAAGUGGGAUGAGGAUUCGGGAGUCGCCACUCCAGUCACUUUGCGGGUUGACAAGUACGGCUUUUAUUUGCAUUGGGUGGACCAGCACAACGAAAUGGACAUGCUUGAUAUAGCCACGAUCAGAGAUACACGGACUGGAAAAUAUGCCAAGAUACCAAAGGAUCCAAAACUGAAGUCUCUUGUAACGGUGGGCUCCCAAGACUGCUUGGAAGAGAAGACCGUGACAGUGUGUUACAGCUCGGACUUCGUCAACGUGACGUUCAUUAAUUUCUGCACGACGCGAGCAGAGAUUGCUAGACAUUGGACGGAUCAGCUGUUUCAUCUGGCGUACAAUUUGACGCAGCUCAAUACAAGCACAAUUAUGUUCUUACAAAAAGCGCACACGAAGCUCACACUUACAGCCGACAAGUCCGCAAAGAUAUCAGUGAAAAAUGUUAUCAAGAUGUUCGCACAAAAUAAAGAGGAUCGCAAGCGCGUUGAAAAGGCUCUUGAUAUAUCGUCUCUGCCAUCUGGAAAGAACGACGCUAUCUCCCUGCAGAAAUUCCAGUUCGAGGAUUUCUUCAAUUUCUACAAGUCCCUCACGCAGCGUGCCGAGGUCGAGAAGGUAUUCGAGGAAAUCGUCGGCAAUUCCAAGCGCAGGUUGAUGUCCGUCUCGCAGCUCGUUGAAUUUCUCAACCAGACCCAGAGGGAUCCACGACUGAAUGAAAUACUCUACCCGUAUGCGAACGCAGCACGUGCAAAGGAUCUGAUUAAUCAAUACGAACCGAACAAGUACAACGCCAGUCGCAUGCAAUUGAGUUUCGAUGGAUUUUUGAGAUACCUCAUGAGCGAGGACAAUCCAAUUGUAGCUGUAUCCAAAUUUGAAUUAUCCGAUGAUAUGGAUCAGCCACUCGCUCACUAUUUUAUCAACUCCAGUCAUAACACUUAUCUGACAGGUCAUCAACUAACCGGCAAGAGUUCCGUCGAGAUUUAUCGUCAGUGUUUGCUCGCGGGAUGUCGUUGCGUCGAGCUAGACUUUUGGAAUGGAAAGUUUGAUGAGCCCGUUAUUGUUCACGGAUACACGUUUGUGCCUGAAAUCUACGCCCGGGAUGUGAUAGAGGCGAUAGCUGAGAGUGCCUUUAAGACAUCAGAGUUCCCAGUGAUUCUCAGUUUUGAGAAUCACUGUAAUCCAAGGCAACAGGCCAAGAUCGCGCAAUAUUGUAGGGAAUAUUUUGGGGAGAUGUUACUGGACGCUCCACUCGAGUCUCACAAGCUGGAACCUGGCCAAGAACUUCCACCGCCGUCGCUAUUGAAACGCAAGAUUAUUAUUAAGAACAAGAAAAAGCAUCACCAUCAUCAUCAUCACAAGAAACAUCAUAAGAAACAGCCGGCGCAGAUCCCGGAAGCUGGUGAGAGUUCGCAAGAGGUCGACGACAGUGGCAUCGUCAAUCAGGCUGCAGAGGGCGAAAAUGGUCCUCCACCGGAUAUCAUACCGCAGAACGAAGUCCUCGAUGGUGUUGUCGUGGGUGGAAGUGGUGAGCAGCAAAUGGGAAACGGAGACAUUCCACACGCGCCGAUGCUUCAGCAACGUCAGGGCAGCAAAGAUAGCACUCAAGAAGAUGACGAUGACGAGGACGAGUCGAGUACGGAAGAGGACGAAUCCAAUGUGGAGGAUAUUAAGUUACGAAUGGACGAUAAAGUGCCGGCUCCGGAUAAAGCAGCUUCCACGGCGAAGGAAACAGAAGCUGGUGCAGAAAUAUCAGCCCUAGUCAAUUACGUGCAGCCAGUUCAUUUCAGUAGCUUUGAAACGGCAGAAAAAAAAAACCGUAUGUACGAAAUGUCAUCGUUCGACGAGAAACAGGCGACAACGUUACUCAAGGAAAGACCGCUCGAGUUUGUCAACUAUAAUAAACAUCAGUUAUCCAGGGUUUAUCCAGCUGGAACAAGAUUCGACUCUAGCAACUUCAUGCCUCAAGUCUUUUGGAAUGCCGGAUGCCAACUGGUCGCUCUAAACUAUCAGACUCUUGACCUCGCGAUGCAAUUGAAUCUUGGUAUCUUCGAGUACAAUCAACGUUGCGGCUAUCUUCUUAAGCCGGAAUUCAUGAGGAGAAAGGAUAGGCGGUUGGAUCCCUUCGCCGAAUCUACUGUCGAUGGAAUAAUUGCGGGCACUGUGCAUAUCCACGUUAUUUCUGCACAGUUCCUCACCGACAAGAGAGUUGGUACCUAUGUCGAAGUCGAUAUGUAUGGAUUACCAGCGGAUACCGUGAGGAAGAAGUUCAGAACCAAGAUUGUGCCUAAUAACGGAAUCAAUCCAGUUUAUGACGAGGAACCAUUUGUUUUCAAGAAGGUUGUCCUUCCGGAAUUGGCGUCAAUUCGAAUAGCCGCGUACGAGGAAUCCGGUCGCCUGAUAGGUCAUAGGGUGUUACCCGUUGUCGGACUAUGUCCAGGAUAUCGACACGUUGCAUUGAGAACUGAGUGUGGUCAACCUCUACCAUUGGCCUGUCUUUUCCUCCAUGUGAUCGUCAAAGAUUACGUUCCAGAUGGUCUUAGCGAUUUUGCUGAAGCUCUGGCAAACCCGAUCAAAUAUCAGAGCGAGUUGGAGAAGAGGUCAAAGCAACUGGCUGUGCUAACGGAUGAUUUAGAAGAGCCGACUGAAGGAGAAGUUGAGGAUAAAGAUAAAGUUGGUGUUGGAUCAACUAUCUCCAAACCAACAGACGAGACUGUCAAAGCUAAAAGAUUACAGUCGGCUGGUGAAUUGCCGGGAUUGUUACCCACAUCGGGCAGCCCGCAUGGUCGACCAUCCAUUGCUGGUCUCAACGCUUCGGAAACUCAAGAAGUCGAGGACGGCGUGAUCUGCCCCACAAUCCAGCCAGCCGAUGCUGCCAUAAACAAGAGUCCCAUCAAUGCUAAUUACAUGAGCGACGAAAUAGUUGCCGAAUCUUUUGAAAAGCUAAUGGAAAACAAACUCGUAAGAGAGAAGAAGAUGGAGUUGGAGAAGAAACUGGAGUCACUUAGGAAGAAACAGGAGAAAGAGAAGAUGCGGAUACAGUCACAAAAAGGAUCCUUGGAUGGCGAAAAACACAAAUCCAAGUUUUACAUGAGUCACAAAUUGGUGAAACGAUUAUCCAGCAAGAACAUUUUUUCAAGUGAGGUCGGAUUGAGUACACUUGCUCUGGCCGAGACUUCGGAGUGUCCGGAAGUAGAAAAUCGUGAGGGAGUCGAUGGUCAACCUCGAGGAUUACCACGAAGUCAAAGCGAGCGCUUGCUAACAGUGUGCAAGGAACACGUGAUCCAGGAGCGCGAGCUGCAGGAGAAGUAUCACGAAGUCGUAUUCAUGACUGUUGAAAAAGUCAUGAGAACGUCGCAGUCGAAUCAGUUGAAAACACUGAGGGUUCUUUUGGAGCGUGAAACGGCCGACGUGAUGCGUAAACUGCAAACGAUGAGGCAUGGAGAGGUCAAGCAACUCGCAAAAGUGCAUAAGGACAAAGCUGAGUUAGACCGUAUUAAGCGUGAACUAGCCAAGUCUACCGUGGAAAAGGGAGUAAACGAGUGCACCAGACUGACAAAGAUUUAUGAGAAAAAGCAAGCUGAGCUCGAAAGGCAACACGAGGAAGUUCGACAAAGGUUGGAAGAAGAAAGAAACAAGGUGAAGGCUGCGCUACAGGCUGAAUACAGUAGCCGCUACAGUAAAUUCGAAAGUGGCGAAUUUGCAUUGUCGCCAUCAGGGGGUACCAGUAUUCCUGAAUCUCUAAGCGGAAACACAUAUUCAUGCGGUUAAAGUCAGCGGUGGGCGCGGCAAGUGCGUGACCAGCAAGCUCCACUCGCGCUGUGAUUGAUCUCCUCGCGGAAGAUCACUUCGAGUACCCUUGGAUGGGCAGCAACAUUCAUCAAAUAGGAGCCUUGUGGAAUUUGCGGAGUGUACACCAGCGGAACGCCGAGAUCUUUAGGUAAAUCAGUUUCUACGACUUUCUAAACGCGGCGUGUGGGAGGCCGCGCGACAGUACAGGAAGGACAAAUGGUCCAUCAGGAUUCACUGGCAGCAACGUAGCUCAUUCAGGAGAUCCUGAUGGAUGAUCCUUCUGUUAAAUUUGGUAAAUAAUAAGUGGUAGCUCGAUGUUUCGUGUAUCGGGUGGUACUGCGGAUUCAUGGGUGUUUUCACACAGUAUUAAUGAGAAAGAAAAGGGAAAAAAAAGUGAACCGCAACUGAAACGCAGGAUACGCCCGAAUACCGUAUCGAUGCAAAUGCCGAGACUGUCUUGUAAGAUUAGCGGAUAGUUGGUCUAUGUAGGAGUUCAUUCUAAAUAAGUGUAUCAUCUUUUUGAGGAUAACGAUUCAACCUUGUUGUUAUAUACAUAAGACGUUACUCAGUACGGCAGAUUAAAGUCGUUCAUAAAUAUGACUGCGACGCCCGACCGGGAUUGUGCGUCUCAACGCUCGUGCGAAUUGACACCCAGGAGGUAGAGUGGCGUUAUGGGGGGGUUCGCGAAUCUGUUUUCUUAUUUAUAUAUUUUUUUCCGUUUGUUUUAGUCAAGAGGAAAUAAUCUCUUUGAGAACACAUAUUAUAAGAUAUAUUAUAUAGCGAAAAGACGAACUGAAAGAAAGAGAGUACGCGAUGUGUACGCGUAGGGCUCCAACGCGAUCCUAAUAUAUUUUCAACCGAAAGUAUUCAGCAUAAAGACAUUUUUCUCUCGAGCCUGCGUUAGGAAUGCUGGGAAUAAUAUAAAUUUUGAUUUUCGCACAAGCGCUCACUAUUUUUUUUUUUCUUUUAUUUACUUUGCCAUUUUUAUUCUUGCCUUUCUUUCUUUAUUUUUCUCCUUUGAUCGAUAAGGAGUAGCCAUGAUUGUUUUAAGUGACUUUUAUGACUUAAACUUACUGUAAAUAUAUUAAUAAUAAUGUAAUAUAAAUAUCGUACUCGAGACGCACACACUCGAUGAAAGUUCGGGCCGCUCGUUCUCAGGAGCCUCGAUGGAUAGGAGUACAAACGUACAAAGAAACAAAAGCAACAAAUUAAUAAGUCUAAACGGAUGGAACGAAGGAAAGGUCCCAGUAUUUCUGAACGGCGACUGGUUCUAUUCGGAAUCGACUGGGCGCCUGACGAUGUGGUUGCUUGGUCGGAUGACCUCUUUGAGGAAGACAAUCAAAAAAUGUUACAAAGUAAACUUAAUCGUAACAUUUUCCUUGUUUCUAAUCGUACGACGCAAACAUAUAUAUAUAUAUAUUGUUAUAUAUAUACAAAAUAUAUACAUACGAAUCUAUAUACAUGUAGAUAACCGUGAAGGGACUCUCAUUAUAACUGUAACGCUACAUGAAUAUAUAUACAUAUGUAUAUUGUACACACGCCGACACAAAGAACACAAAAAAGCGCACGCAUAAGAUAGAUUCUGUAAUGUAUAUGUAAAACUGCAAAACUCGUAAUAACCGCGUUAUUUAUUUUCUAUUAAUUUAAAUUAAUUAUUGCCAACCUAGUACGAAAAUGUUACGAGCAUCGCGUGUUCUCAUUAUUGCGCUGACACACGAAGAACCGAUAACGGCGAUCGGAUUUAGUGCGUCACUGUUGGCUGCAAGUAGCCGCAAGGUCUCCAUCUCGCUCAACGAAUAUUUUUCGUUUCAUUGUUACGCGAGAGCUCGAUUUCCAUAUACCAGAGUCAGAGCUUCCGGUGGCUUCUUGGCUUUGUUUCGAAAGCACAGCAACAAGCUGUUCUUGUUCCUUCGUUAAUAUAAUUAAGCCAGUCCGAAUCCAACCGUCAGCGGAUAACGAUAGCGGGACACGUUGUGAUAUUAAUGGAUCUCAAAGCAAUCGUAGGAUCGCGAAGUUUAAGAAUUCCUCGAGAAAGCAUAAAGUAAACGGCGAAGCGAGUCAGUAAAUAAAUAAGGGGGAAUGAAAAGUGCGAAAGCUGCUUUAUGCUGACGCGUUUAUCCUAUACGGAAACGGAUUUGCCCUGGGCGAGUUCAGCGCAUCCCUUGGUUACGAGUAGAGAAAGUUAUGUAAGAUUUUAUUUCGAUUAAGAAAAAAAAAAUAAUAGUCACAUUGUCAUUCGACAGAAAGAAUUUGUCACAAAAGAAUUUUCGAUCGCCACUCCUGAUUUCAAGUCAAUCAAAUCCGAUCUAUAUAUGUUCGCUCUGACUGUUGAUCGAGUGACGUGUCCAAGUCGCGUCCUUUCUACGUUGUCCUUAUUUGUCCAAUCCGAUCAGUCAAGGAAUAUUGUGACACGUGCCAAUAUCAAUAUUCAUAUUUACCGAGAAUCCCAGAACUAUUUAUUGCACUACGAAUACCAACCGUUAACACACUCAAUCCUUGUUGUGAGUGUACCGAUUAAACUUAAGGAAAUGUUGCAUUUCUAGAUAGUCCUUAUGCGCAGGCACGUAGGUGCGUACAUACGAAUAUAUUAUAAAACACUGAGAACCAUCCACACAGACGUAGAUACAUACAUAGAAUAGUGUAUUAUUAUUAUUAUUGUUAUUAUAUAUUAUUAUCGAAGGGAAGAUGGAGGAAUGCGAGCGUUUUACAAAUAGCCAUUAGUCUUGCGUUAGGCGAAUUGUUGUUUAGACGAUUAGUUAGCUAUGUCCAAAUGAAGUUACCAUUUUUGUAGGACGCACGGUUGGCUCUGCUUGCUAUUCUGCACUUGUUCUCGAGAAGUAAUGUUUUAGAUGUUUCUGUUCUUUUGCCUAUUUUGCCUUCUUCGACUGUUCUACGUAGACGCGGGCUCGCUGUUAAUUGUCCCAUCGCGGAUAACAUAUUGAGAGAGUCUUGAGAGAAUGAAGGAAGGGAGUAACAAGGGAUGUUUUUGCGGAGUAAAUGAUGAUCGAAGUCAGCCGUGGAAAUUACGUAGAAGGGUGUGCCUGUGUGUAAUUGGGACGCAGUGGGCGAAAAAUCGACUAUAAAAAGUGGGAACAUUUUUUGGACAAAGGAGAUUAGAAUAGAAAUCGUAGUAGAUUAGCUGCAUUAGCGGAAUGAGGUGAAAACGGAAUUAUUUUAUCGAUCGGAGGACUGUUCCUCAUCCCUCGUGCAGAUUUCCAAGUUGGCGUAAGUUCCAAACUUAGAUUUCGGGUAAUUGCAUAUACUACUAAGUCACGAGAGAGAGAAAGAGAGAGAGCGAGAGAGAGAGAGAGAGUAUCGUUUGUAUAGAGAAAACGUAUUGUUACGCAUAACAUAUAUGUAUAUUAGGAGAUUGUCGUAUAGAAACAUAAGUGUAGUCGCGAAAGAGUCAUUUUUAGAAAUAGCAUGUUAUCAGCUUAUUCGACGAACCGUAAAUCCAGACGCCAGUCGCUACGUUCACGUUAAGAGAUAUCGUUGCGAGGAAACGUAAUUUUGUUAAUCUUUAAUAGAAAAUUGUAAUUUUUUGUUCUGUCAACGAGUCGCAGCGACCAGCGUUCAUGUGGAUUUACCCGGAGGCUUCUGGAAGUCGUUCAAGGAAUAGUGAACGUGAAGGACGCACGAGGUUUAAUAAUCAAAAAUCAAAAUGAAUUAAAAUGUGAUUCUAUAGAUCCUUGAUCGAUUCUCGGUUAGCUCUUUGUCAUCCUUCAUCGUCUUCACGAUCUUCACGUUGAUGUAUAAUGUAUAUUUAGCUUUCGAUCGAGAACCCAAGUCCGCCAGUUCGUAUUUAUACAUAAAUAUUUAGGCGAUAAAGUUAUACAAAAUAAUUAUAAUUCGCGUUGAAAUAUUAUGUGUUGUUGCCGUUGAUGUUGUUAAUGAUGUACAUUAGUCCGGUAACGUUUAGCGUACCUAUUGUAAUAAGCUGAUCACUAUUCGUAGUCGUAAAAGCUGAUUAGCCGCGGAUACAUAAAGCUAGCGCGAUCGUUUAGAGCCAAAUUAAUGUUAGCGAAGAAACUGAGUAUGGAAAAAGAAAGGAUGGUGCGAAUGCAUGUGUAAAUUAUUGGGACUGUCUGCGUGUGUGCUUGUGAAAUUUUUUUAAGGUACGACUCUGCUUCGCCUUUUUGUUUUUCUCAUCGACUUACACUUCUCACGCGACGUUUAUCGCGGAGUGAAAUCUUGUCAAAUUUAUCUCUUCGGGUUUAAUGCCUCAAGAA